AUGCGUUUGGAAGCUUCAAUUAAUGUAGCAAGACUUCUUUUGUAUUAUGGAUUGCCUUUUCGAGGUCACGACGAAAGUGAAUCUUCAAGUAAUCAAGACUACUUUUUAGAAUUUUUGCGGUGGUAUGGAGACAACCAUCCGGAUGUGGGAAAAGUGAUAUUAGAAAAAGCUCCACAAAAUUAUACUUUGACUUGUCCUAUGAUCCAAAAGGAUAUUGUCAAUGCUUGUGCUGAAGAAACAUUGAAAGUUAUAAUUGAGGACUUGAAUGGUGAUUAUUUUGGUAUAUUAGUUGAUGAAUCCAAAGACAUCUCACACAAAGAACAAAUAGCUCUUGUUUUGAGAUAUGUUGAUAAAAAGGGUGAAGUAGUGGAACGAUUUAUUGAUUUUGUCCAUGUUAGUGAUAAAUUGGCUUACUCGUUGAAAAAAGAAAUUUAUUCUUUGCUUUCCGAUCAUUCACCAAGUCCAUCCAAAAUACGUGGGCAAGAUUAUAAUGGAGCUAGUAAUAUGAAGGGAGAGAUAAAUGGUCUUAAAACUUUAAUUAUGAAAGAUAGUCCUUCAACGUACUUUAUUCAUUGUUUUGCACAUCAAUUGCAACUAACACUUGUAGCUAUUGCUAAAAAAUAUGUGGAAGUUGAAGACUUUUUUUAUCAUGUUACUAAUGUGUUGAAUGUUGUUGGAGGAUCUUUUAAUCGUCGAGAUUUACUUCGUCAUCACCUAGCCGAAAAUUUGAAGCAAUUACUUGAGUCUGGUAAAACUCAUAUUGGACAAGGAUUAAAUCAAAAGCGUGGGCUUCAAGGACCGGGUGAUACUCGUUGGAGAUCACAUUUCAAAACAUUGGAUAACUUUAUUGUUAUUUUUUCAUCCAUUGUUCAUGUGCUUGGAGUGAUUGAAAUUGAAGGUUCUACUUCAAGUGAUAGAAAUCAAGCAGAAUAUCUUUUGACAAAGGUUAGAACAUUCAAAUUUGUUUUUAUGCUUGACUUGAUGUUGAAAGUGUUGGCCAUGUCAAAUGAGUUGAGCAAGAUUUUAUUUAAAAAAAAAAAAACAGAUCAAGAUAUUGUUAAUGUCGUGGAGCUUCUUAACAUCUCAAAGAAAAGAUUGCAAGAUAUGAGAGAGAAUGAGUGGGAAUCUUUGUUGAAUGAUGUUUCUUCAUUUUGUGAUUCACAUGAUAUCUUGAUUCCCAAAUUAGAUGAGCCUUAUUUUCCCGAAAAGUCAAAGCGUAAGUGUUUAGAUGUUUGUUAUUCGCACCACUUGCGUGUUGAAAUCUUUUGUGCGGUCAUUGAUGUGCAACUUCAAGAGCUUAAUGAGCGUUUUGAUGUAGUGAAUAGUGAUUUGCUUCUUGGGAUGGGUAGCUUGAAUCCUGUUAAUUCAUUUUCUAACUUUGACAAAGUGGAGAAGGAUGACUUUGCCCAAACUACUAUGAUCACAACAAACAAGAAGGACCAUAAACAAGUUUGCAUGAUGGAAAAAGAGCAAGCUGAGAUUCAUCAAGGGGAGAGUAGUAGUGUCACAAAUGAUGAAAACUACUCGAAUGAUGAGAUGUGGGAAUCAUUGGCAUUGGCAUCUCCACAGUUGCAUUGCAUUAAUGAAAGAGCAGAGGAGUUCAUAACUAGAUUCCGUGCAGACAUGCGACGUCAAGAGAAUUUGUUAACGCAUCGUUUGUAG